AUGUCCGGUAGUGUCGAGACGUCGUCGGCCUCCCAGCUGAGCCAGCUGAUCUCUUCCUCGCGCAUUGUUGUCCUCAACUUCUACAACGAGGAGAACCAAUCGAGCAAGGCCAUCAUCCCGGUGUACGACCAGCUCGCGCAACAGCUCUCGAGAGCCAGCAAGAUCACGUUCGCGAAGGUCAGCGUCAAGAAGCAGGCCCAGAUCGCCGAGAGCUACAACGUCACCAACACACCCACCUUCAUCAUUUUCAAGAAUGGCCAGCAGAUACGCAAGUUCAGCGGCUCCAAUCCCCAGCACCUGUCCGAUGCGAUCAAGAGCCUAGCGCAAGAAGCCGAGUCUGAUGGAGGCGCUGGAGGGUUUGGAGAGGCAAGCUCGAGUGGCAGCGGCCCUUGGAGAGGCGCAGAUCUGCCACGAGGAUACACAGAUGUCACGGAGCAGGUUGACGUACGGGGCUUGGACUUGUUGAACGCCGACAGCGACUUCGGCGGCGUGCGCACACUCUUCGAGACCGCGAAGCCGAGCUCGUUGAGCAAGGGCAAGGGAAGCGCAGACACGAAGGACUGGGUUGAGAGCGAUGUCGACAACCAGCUCAUGCUCUACGUACCCUUCACCUCAACCGUCAAGGUCCACACCAUCCAGAUCACCUCCAACCCGCCUGUCGACGAAGACGACGACGAGAUCCCCGUUCGACCAAAGACGAUCCACAUCUGGACCAACCGCCAGCACAAUCUGGGCUUCGAGGAGGCCGAGGACAUACCAUCAACGCAGACCAUUGAGCUGAAGGAGUCGGAUUGGGACCAGGAGACUGGCACGGCCAAGCUAGAGCUGCGGUUCGUCAAGUUCCAGAACGUCUACAGCCUUGUGCUGUUCGUGCAGGAUGGCGAGGGCGACAGCGAGAAGACGCGCAUAGACAGGAUCCGCUUCAUUGGCGAGACUGGCGAGAAGAGAGAUCUGGGCAAGCUCGAGAAGAUUGGCGACGACUCUUGA